UCGGCAAAACGGGUGGGAGAAUAUAGAAGAAAGAUGGCUAUAUGGAUGCGCAAAUCGCGUGGUAUAACAUAAGUUGUGAUCAAUUCUUUUUUCUCGUUUUAAUAUAUCAACUCUUGUUGAUUUUCUCGCGUUGAUUCCACGUUUUUGUGUCGCGUAACAUUCUUGGCAUUGUGAAGUUUUAUUUUAAUGCAAAAAUGUAACACAUGAUUAAUGUUAAUUACGACAAUUUUUUCCGGGCAAAAAAAAGAAUAUAAAAUAUAUCGCGGCGCAAGGGGCUGAACUCUCGCGUAUAUAUAUAUAUAUAUAUAUGAUGUCAAACAUGCGGCAAGGAUUUUCGAUGAGAGAAAGUAUUAGAAAUCCGCGGCGUGUUUCGGCAAAUGUUCGUCAGUGAAAACAGUGCCAAAUGAUUGCAAAUAUAUGGCGGCGAGAGUACUUUUGCUCAGCAUCUUGUUUACGGAAGUGCUAAAGCCCGUUUAUUGUACAGCUAUCGAAGGAAUUGACUGUGAAAAAAUCGAAAAUUGGGGACUCUCAUUGGAAAUUGAACCCAAGGGGCCUGUAAUUUUAGGGAAAAAAGGAACCACUCUCAGAUGCAAUGUAAAGUCAAAGCAAGAGAUUACCUGGUUGUACAAUGGGAAUGAAGCACCUCCGUGUGGAAUUGCCCGUUGUUCGGUCCAUCGCAAUGGAACUCUUCAUUUUUAUAAGCAGAAAAAAAAUUUAGAUAUUUCGAAACAAAAAAAUUUGAUAACUAAUAAUAGUAAUAGUUCAAAAACUUCGACAAAAGAUGAAUUUCGAUGUGUCGUUCGAACAAAUUGUGGGGGAUAUUUACGAUCAUCGCCUGUUGUUGUGCAAAUUGCUAAACUUGCUCGCACGUUUAAAGAACAACCUCAAAAUGUAAAAGUACAAGAAGGAGAAGUCGCGAGACUUUCAUGUUCAAUUGAAAGUUUGCCCUUCCCUCCAAAUAUCAUAUGGGAGCAUAAUUCAAAACCUUUAUUAUUUGAUGACAAUAGUGAAAAAUAUACUUUUAUAUCACCAGGUGUUCUAUACAUAAAUGCGACACAAUUGUCCGAUGCUGGAGAUUAUAGAUGUGUGGCUACAAAUGACUAUUUAAAUAAAACUACAUUAAGCAAAGAAGCAAAAUUAAUUGUUUCAAAUUCAAAGGAACAUUCCGUUAUUUCAAUAUUACCACAAACAUCCUAUAAUUAUGAAUUAAUUGAAAAUUCUUCAUUGCGGCUGGCGUGCGCUGUUUCUGGUUAUCCAUCUUCUGUUUCAUCAUGGUCAUUUGUUCCUCGAAAUUCAAUUAUUGAUAAAACACAAUUGAGAAUUCAUCUCAAUUUCACAAGUGGCAUAAGUAUUCUCAAUUUACAAAAUGUUGGACCAUCAAAUUCGGGUGUUUACACUUGUGCCGCCAAAAAUUCGCUCAAUAAAACCAUCGAAUAUCAGCAUAUUACAAUUAAUGUUAUGGUACCGCCAUCCUUUUUGAAAAAACCAACGGAACAAACUUUUCCAAAUGGGAUGAGAGUAAGAUUCGAAUGUCAAGCUCAGGGAUAUCCAACGCCACGUAUUUAUUGGCUGAAAGAUGCUAAAAAUAUCACUAUCAAUGAACGACGAACAAUUUAUGAGAAAGGUUUCAAUGAAAUGGAGUUGGCAAUUUCAAAUACAGUACAAUCGGAUUCUGGAGUUUAUCAAUGUGUCGCAGUUAAUGAAGUUGGUGAAAUUUCAGCCGCUGGUCGGCUUCAAGUUAAUAUUUCACGUAAUAAUCCUGACGCACCAACAAAUUUGAAAUGUCAUGCUCUAUCUUCGAAAAAGAUUCUAAUUUCAUGGGAACCACCAAAAUAUUUACCAACCACUAAUAUUACCGCCUAUACCGUCCAUUACAGUCCCGUUGAAGGAGGUAGGGAAGAAGUUUCACUUCCAGAAAAUGGAAAUGUCACAUCAGUUGAAGUUGCAAAACUUCUUGAACCAUUCACGAAUUACACUUUUUAUGUACGACUAUAUAAUAAUCAUGGAGCUAGCGAUCAAUCGACAACAAUCACUUGUUCCACCGCUCCAAGUGUUCCAAAAUCUGCUCCAAAGAUAAGUUUAAAUGUGAUUGGCGAUACGAAAUUGAAUGUAACUUGGAAGCCUCUAAAUAAAAAGCAAGCGCAGGGUAUAGUUACACAAUACAAAUUACAAUGGAGACUUCAUCAACAUCCUUCGUCACUCGUCCAUUAUUUUAAUUCUGACGUCGAGCAAUAUUUGCUCACUGAUUUGAAUCCUGGAGCUCAAUAUGACGUUAGAGUGUUGGCGAGGACCGAAGAAGGAUGGCCAAACAUGAAUGAAGCACAAUUUGCGUGGACCACUGUAACGAUGCCAUCUCCCGAGUCUGAACAAAUUUUGAUAAGAAAAAUUGUCAACGUCUUGCUGACAAAUAUAAAUACUUCCGUUGUUUCUAUGAAAUGGUCAAUAAAUGAAAAGUUAAAUCGAAAUCAUGGAUUGGAAUUGAAAUUAUGGAAAAUCUACGUUGAAAAUGAAAAUGGAGAAAAAGUGGAAACUAGAUUGUUACCUAAAAAUACAACAGAGUAUUUAUUUACUAACCUAGAAGCACAUACUUCUUAUACAAUGGGGCUGUGUAUGCUAACUGUAAAUGAGGCUACAAAAUGCUUAUGUAAACGAAUUGAAUCUGCGAAUUCAUUUCUAAGUAACAUUCCAACUACCCUGGAGGCUAUUCCGAUAUCGGCUAAUUCGAUCAACUUAACAUGGAACAUAGCGAAUCCUUAUCGAAAUGAUAUCUUCGAAGUUUGUUAUCAUGCUGUGCACAUCAUGAAGGACACAUCUAAUUGCAUGACAAUUAAUGACACUACUGCUCUUAUUGUGGAUCUCAAGCCAUAUACAUUGUACCAAUUUAAAAUCAGAGUUGUGCUAAACGAUCCCGAGCAAACUAGUGAAUUUAGUCAAGCGAUUGAGUGCUACACAGGCGAAGAUAUUCCUGGAAAAGUUGAGGACGUACAUUGGUUCCUCGGGAAUAGUACAUUAGUGCGAAUCGCAUGGAAAGAGCCAAGAAAAAUAAAUGGUUUAGUGCGAAAUUAUUAUGUUGUUUACACCAUGGAUUUAUCGAAAUCAGAUACAUGGGAAAAUUUAACAGUACCUGGCAAUAAGACACAAACAAAUUUAACGGGCUUACUAUCAGGUCGACGUUAUUUUGUAAUGGUGCAGGCAGCUACAAAAGCCGGCAAAGGCAAAUUGUCGGAUCCAAUUAUUAUUGUUGCAGGCAGCAGUUCCUCUAAAAUUCCUUCAUCCUCCGAUGGACAUAGACCGUCGUCAAAAACAAGAUCUGAUCAAAAUCUCGGAGUAAUUUUGGGACUUAGUAUAAGCAUAGUUUGUAUUGGACUUUGCUUAUUUAGUAUGUACUGCAGAAAAAAAUGGGAAACCUCAAGGUCCUUAAGAGAAACGCCUCAACCGUUGAAAAAUCGCGGUUUGGUAAGAAAUGGUAAUGGCUGUUGUAUUGAUCGUUCAUCGAUUCCUGUUAAUCAACAUGUGUCACAUUUUAUGGGAAAUGAAAUUGAACUCUCUGUUCUUUGUCCCCCGACAACAACUCCUCAUUUGGAUACAAAGGGUUCUCAUCCUAAUGGAGUGAUUGAAUUAGGUGCAAAGGAACCUUUACUUCACUCGUGGCAUACAAAUGGCGAUAGUAAAGAUCUUCAUAUAACAGAAAAUCCACAGUACAAAGCAAAAGGUGGUAGUGCCUCGAGCAAACAGCAAGAACAAGGCUUGAACGAUACACAAUUAUCGAUGGUCAAUUGUACUUUACGUAGCAGUGCUAACAGUUUAAACAAUAAUCUAGGAGGAUUUGGAAGUGAAGCUUCUUCCGUGAAGAUAAGGUCCAAUAAUUCCUUUCCAAUUCUCGAGCCGAAUGGAUGAUGCGAGGAUUAUGGAAACGAAAA